AUGAGCGACGCCGCAGACAAACCCACGGACAACGAUGCAGAGGGAGUCUGGAGCCCAGACAUAGAGCAGAGCUUCCAGGAGGCGCUGGCCAUUUACCCCCCAUGUGGACGCAGGAAGAUAAUACUGUCUGAUGAAGGCAAAAUGUAUGGCCGGAAUGAACUGAUUGCCAGAUACAUAAAACUGCGAACAGGGAAGACAAGGACUCGGAAACAGGUGUCUAGUCACAUACAAGUAUUAGCAAGAAAGAAAGUUCGAGAUAUCCAAGCUGCCAUUAAGGUGUCUAGUCACAUUCAAGUUCUGGCCAGAAGGAAAUCUCGAGAGUUUCAUUCCAAGCUAAAGAUCACCAGUAUGGAUCAAGCCGUGAAGGACAAAGCGCUGCAGAGCAUGGCCUCUAUGUCGUCUGCUCAGAUCGUCUCUGCGACGGCCAUUCACAACAAACUAGGGCUGCCCGGCAUCCCACGGUCUGCCUUCCCCGGGGCAGGGUUAUGGCAGGGCAUGAUCUCAGCUGGACAGCCAGGAUCCUCACAAGACAUUAAACCAUUUUCACAACAAGCCUAUCCAAUCCAGCCAACAGUUACUUCUGCCAUUUCAGGUUACGAACCCUUAGGGGUCCAGGCUCCUGCUGCGGCCUGGCAGGGGCGCUCUAUCGGGACGUCCAAACUGCGACUGGUGGAGUUCUCUGCUUUUCUAGAACAAAAGAGAGACCCAGAUUCUUACAACAAACAUUUAUUUGUACAUAUUGGUCAGACAAAUCACUCCUACAGCGAUGCUCUCCUGGAAUCUGUGGACGUUCGGCAGAUUUACGACAAAUUUCCAGAGAAAAAAGGAGGACUAAAGGAACUACUGGGUCCCUCUGACAUCGGCGAGGGUCGGGUUAACGUGGUGCAGAAAUCUAACAGGGAUUCACCGCGCACAGAUCUCCAGAUUAAAACAGAUUAA